CUAAUUUGAUAAAGAGGAAUGUUUACAAAUAAGAGGUUGUUGACCGUCACAACCACAAGCGACUGUCUUUCUUUCUACUUCACACCUAAAUGAUCUCAAAUACUCCUUCGUCAUCUCUCAGCAGAUCCAUGGCUUCCAUCUCUUCUUUUUUCUUCCUCCUGACUAUUUUUCUGCAAUGCUUCACACUCUCAGUCUCUUCCAAACAAACCUACAUAGUCCACAUGAGGCCCCAGGACAAGCCCUCCUCUUUCCUCACUCACCGUGACUGGUAUUCAUCUAGUCUUCAAUCUCUUUCUUCCACUUCGGAUUCUCUUCUUUAUACCUAUACUGAUGCCUACCACGGUUUCGCUGCCUCUCUCGAUCCUGCUCAAGCCGAGGCGCUCCGCCAAUCUGACUCCGUGCUCGGCGUUUACGAAGACACUCUUUACACUCUUCAUACCACUCGCUCCCCUAAGUUUCUUGGCCUCAACUCUGAGUUUGGGCUGUGGGAGGGGCAUAGCAAUCAGGAUCUUGGCCAUGCCUCACGUGACGUUAUUAUCGGCGUGCUUGAUACUGGUGUUUGGCCGCAGUCUAAAAGCUUCGACGAUUCUCAGAUGCCACAAGUUCCGAGCAAAUGGCGCGGUCAGUGUGAAUUGGGCCCUGAUUUUAGCCCUAAUCUUUGCAACAAGAAGCUCAUUGGUGCUCGUUUCUUCUCAAAAGGCUACCACAUGGCUUCCAGUGGUAGUUUCUUGAGAAAAUCCGAAGAAUCGGAGUCUCCUCGUGAUUACGACGGUCAUGGAACUCACACGGCGAGUACUGCCGCGGGUUCACACGUUGCCAAUGCCAGUCUACUCGGUUACGCCAGCGGGACGGCGCGCGGAAUGGCCAGUCACGCGCGUGUGGCCACGUACAAAGUUUGCUGGAAAACCGGAUGCUUUGGAUCGGACAUUUUGGCGGGUAUGGAUCGGGCCAUACAAGAUGGUGUGGAUGUUCUUUCACUCUCUCUGGGUGGUGGAUCCGCUCCGUAUUAUAGAGAUACCAUUGCUAUUGGAGCAUUCACAGCAAUGGAAAAGGGCAUUUUCGUGUCGUGUUCUGCUGGAAACAGUGGGCCCACUAAAGCCACGCUUGCAAACGUGGCCCCGUGGAUCAUGACCGUCGGUGCUGGAACAUUAGAUCGUGAUUUUCCUGCUUAUGUAUUUCUGGGAGACAACAGUAAGGUUACUGGUGUCUCGCUUUACAGUGGAAAAGGAAUGGGAAAUAAACCGGUUUCGUUGGUUUACAAUGAAGGCUCAAACGGUUCAGCCAACUUGUGCUUGCCCGGUUCACUCGAACCAGAAUUCGUACGUGGGAAAGUAGUCAUUUGUGAUAGGGGGAUAAACGCACGUGUGGAGAAAGGAGCCGUUGUACGUGACGCUGGUGGAAUUGGAAUGAUACUGGCGAACACGGCUGCAAGCGGUGAAGAACUGGUGGCUGACAGUCACUUGCUACCAGCUGUAGCGGUGGGUAAAAAGGCGGGUGAUAAGAUCAGGGAGUACGCCAAAUCAGCAAAUCCAAAGGCACUUCUUACGUUUGGUGGGACGGUGUUGAACGUGAGACCGUCACCAGUGGUGGCAGCGUUUAGUUCAAGAGGGCCUAACACAGUAACUCCGCAAAUAUUAAAACCUGAUUUGAUUGGGCCUGGAGUCAACAUUUUGGCUGCUUGGUCAGAAGCGAAUGGCCCCACUGAGUUGGAGAAGGACACAAGAAGAACACAGUUUAAUAUAAUGUCAGGUACAUCUAUGUCUUGCCCACACAUUAGUGGAUUAGCUGCUUUGCUGAAAGCGGCCCACCCAGAUUGGAGCCCAAGUGCCAUCAAAUCGGCUCUUAUGACGACUGCAUAUGUUAUAGACAACACCAACUCUCCUCUUCGUGAUGCUUCAGAUGGUGAAUUCUCAAACCCAUGGGCUCAUGGGUCGGGCCACGUUGACCCACAAAAAGCCCUUUCUCCAGGCCUUGUUUAUGAUAUUUCAACUGCAGAGUACGUUGCAUUCUUGUGCUCUUUGAACUACACAACUUUACAAAUCCAAGCCGUCGUCAAACACCCUGUCUCCUGUUUGAUUAAAUUCAAUGACCCUGGCGAGCUGAACUACCCCUCAUUCUCAGUCUUGUUCGGAAACAAGAGGGUUGUUCGAUACACUCGGGAGUUGACAAACGUUGAACCUGCAAUGUCGAUGUACAAUGUGACUGUCACCACCCCGGCCAAUGUGGGGGUUACUGUGAGGCCCAGAACACUUUUAUUUAGGGCUCAAGGGGAGAAGAAGAGAUACACAGUUACCUUUGUGGCGAAGAAAGAUUUUAGUCCGAUGGGGAGCUCUGGAUUUGGUUCAAUUGUGUGGGGAAAUGCUCAACAUACAGUUAGGAGCCCAGUUUCUUUUUCGUGGACACGGUGAGCUAAUAAUAAGUUCGGCCUCAAAUACCUUCAAAUAGUUGAAAAAAAAUCCUGGGGAUUGCAGUCGAGAGGUGCUUGUAAAAUUAUUUGAACGAAAUGACCACUUUCUUUGAGAUAUUGCUUUCAGAUUAUGAAAACUACUUGAUAAUUUGUAGUUUAGUGGAAAUUAUGAGACCCAAGUGAGCUCAUAAGCUUAGUUUAUUGAGACCGAAUGAUUGUUUUUAAAGACAUACAGCCUGUAGAAACUGUUUUGCAGACAAGAUAGAACUGUUGUGACAAGUA